CCUUGACGCUCCUGUUCAACGCGUAACCGCUUCCCUGCCGUUUAUUAAAGUGCCCCAGCUCGGCCGUGGUAGCAGCGCCGCUGGAGCUGAGGUGUUGGGACCCCGGGGCGGGAGGUCGCCGCCCGCCAUAGUGCAGGGGCUCCGCGCCUCGUUACCGGCGGCCUCCGCUGCAGGCCCGCCCCAGGCCGCCGGUGUCUCGCCCACUGGGGUGCCCCGGAGGAGGGAGCGAUCGGAGGGGCCUCCCCGGGGCCGUAACUUUUUACCAGGGCUUAAAGCUCUCAUCUUGCCCUGAGUUCUUAUCCGUACAGCCACCCGAGCCUGGCCGCCCGGGACAACUGGCUCCGGUGUCCCCGGUCUCUCCCCUCUCCGCCACGCCGAGGGCACGAAGCGGCGAUACCGGUGCCGAGGAGCACUCCCGCCCCAGCACGGCGGCCGGGACCGCCCAGGAGGAGGUUUCCCGGGAGGGGCGGCACGGCCUGGGGCGGGGCUCAGCCUUUUCCUGGUCCUUCGCCUCGUCCUCGCAGCUCCGCAGCUUCCCAGCCGUGCCUUUCGACUUCCAUGAUGGAUGAGACAUCUGACGAGCCUCCCACAUCUGCUGUCCUCUUAGACAACUGCCACUUCUCCCAGGUCAUUUUUAACAAUGUGGAGAAGUUUUAUGUUCCUGGAGGAGAUAUAACCUGUUACUACUCCCUCACACAGAACAUUGUUCCUCGUGGGAAGGACUGGGUGGGCAUCUUCCGGGUGGGAUGGAAAACAACCCGGGAAUAUUACACGUUCAUGUGGGCUCCUCUGCCUGAUGAUGUCCACAGAGACACUGCUGUGCAGCUGCAAAUCCAGUUCAAAGCUUACUACCUACCCAAAGAUGAUGAAUACUACCAGUUCUGCUACAUUGAUCAGGAUGGCUUGGUUCGGGGAGCCAGUGUGCCUUUCCAGUUCAGAGCAGAGACUGAGGAUGAUAUCCUGGUGGUUACCACACAGGGAGAAGUGGAAGAGAUUGAGCUACAAAACAAAAAUCUAUGUAAAGAAAAUGAGAAGCUGAAAGCAAGCUGUGCAAACCUCCAGGAACAAAACACCACUCUGCAGGAAGAGCUCAAGAAGACACAGGAGCUGCAGAGUAGUUUAAAGUCUCUAAGGAGCAACACAGAGCAACUGGAGCUGGAGCUCAAUACCCUGAAAAAGGAAAAUAAACAUCUAAAGGAGCUGGAUGACUGCAGAGAGGCAGAACUGCACCAACUCAAAGAGCAAGUUCAGAAUGUGACCUCUGACAAGGAACGUCUGGAAUCCAGACUGAAAACAGCCCUGGAUCACAUGGACCAGCUGCAGUCCCAAGUGUUGGAUUAUGAGAAAGAAGUGCAAAACCUGUCUCAUAUGGACCACAACAAGACAGAGCAGCUUGAAAGUUUAAAGGAAGAGAAUCGCCAGUUACGCAUGACUCAAGAGCAACAAAACUGUGACUUAAUUAAACAACUUGAGGAGCAGAAGCGUUUGUAUCAGAUUCUGCAGGCAAAAAAGAACAAAGCUGAUGAGGAAAAUCAGAAACUAAGGGAAGAGAUUGAUGGACUCCUGAAACAUCUCUCACAGGCUAGGGAUGCUUCUUCCUUCUCUGUUUCACAAGCUCAAGCUCCAGUUACAGCUCCUGAAGGCCUUCUUUUUGGAAACCCGUAUCAUGUUGCAGGAGCAAACCUGAGGGCUGGAACUGCAGACUUAGCUUCUAUAAGGAAAUGCCCCAUGUGUGAUGAAGUAUUUCCUGAAGAUAUUGACACCAGUCAGUAUGAAGCCCAUGUGCAGAGCCAUCUUCUGGAGUGCCCAGUCUGCAGCGAGACCUUUGAAAAGUCCAACAAGCAGGUGUUUGAUGACCAUGUUUUUUGUCACGGCCUGGAAUAAUUCUGAAAUGGUAUCUGCUUUGUAGAAUAGGUUGCAGAGGCUGCAGUAUAGAAUAGACCAAAAUCACUCUCUAGGUUUGGUUCAUUGCUAAUAAGAUCAGCCAGGCAAGACUGAUUAUGCUGCUCAUACUGUAAUUCUGAGCUUUCUGUUCCACACAGCACGUGACCAACACGUCAGAUGUCCACAUCCUAAAACUGAAUCACUGUCCUCUGUCUUGGAUCAAGUACAUAUGUGUGUGAAAUGAGUUACAGAUCCCGUAAUUAGUAAUUUGGUUGAAUGUGUUACCAGUUUUAUGGAACAGGAUUAGCCAUGUAACUGUUCAUCCAGGUAGGGAUCCAAGUGAUGGGAUGGAAUACAGCAGUUUUCUGUACCUGGCUGAUACAUUUCUAUUCUAAGUGGGUUUAUUCUUUAAUAUAGCACUUUGAUAGUAUAGCACUGUGUAACCAAAGACCAGAAACAUUUUACACUCUUUUAGGAUCACACUUUCAGUCCUGCUCGGCUUCUGGAAGGCAGAAUUAAUUAUUAAUAAGUUUAAAAGUCUAUGAAGCUGGAACACAAAAAGUUCCACUUAAAUAUUAAAAAAAAAUCUAUUUCACUAUGAGGUGAGGGAGCAGUGGAACAGGCUGCCCAGGGAGGGUGUGGAGGCUCCUUCCUUGGAGGUCUUGAAGACCCACCUGGACAUGUUCCUAUGCAACCUGAUCUAGGUGAACCUGCUUCUGCAGGGGACUUGGACUAGAUGAUCUCUAAAGGUCCCUUCCAAUCCUACCAUUCUAUGAUUCUAUAAUAAUCUCUUCCUUCACCAUUAGUUGUAAAGCAAGUGAAAUAUAUUUAUAAAGAGACCGACUAUCUGCAGAUCUAAAGGUCUAGGGCUGGCAAGCCAAGUGGCAUGGCUUAUUCUAGGGUGAGGGUCAGGCACUAUUUUCUCCACCCAUCUCAGGGUGAAUUGAAACUGACAUUUCUGAAAUAGUGACAGUCACUAUGGCUUGGAACCUGUGGAAAAGCAGUACCUGAGUUGUCUUGGCUGCACAGAGGACACAUGGUCUCUCGGUCAGAAACUGAGCAUCUUCAUUCAAGGAAAUUAUGAAUUUGGAUUAUUUCUCUUACAUGUUUUUAAAUUUUCUUGAUUUAACAAGGAGAGCCUGUUCUCAAAGCAAAACACUGUGAUUCAACAAAGUGCCUUACAUUAUGCAGUUACUAUUCUUACUGCUGCUUCAGGAUUUUCAGUUUAUGAUUAACAGCUCUUUUUUCCAUGCAAACACAAAUGGGGAAAGCUGAUUAGAUUAUGUUUCCUGCUGUAUAUCUGAAGCAAUAGAAGAUCCCCUAAAGUUUAUACAGAGGUUCAAGAAUAUUUAGAGUAACAAAGACUUCAAAAUGUUUUACUGUUUUGAUUCUGCAGAAACCUUUUAUUAAUCUAGGUUUAAAUAGAGUAUUUCUGUCUCAAGAUGUACUGUACUGGUGAGCAUUGUUUAAAAAAAAACCUGUAAAAGGCAGUAACAGCAAACCAAAAUAAAAGCUAUACAGAGCACAUCAUUGAAAAA